AUGGCAGUCCUGGCAGACCUCACUGGUGCUUCUGCCCUCAAGAUACUUUCUAUCGUCCUCGUGGCCUGGGCUGUGUCAACAUGGAUCAAGAUCAAACGCCAUCCAUUGUCCAAGUUCCCCGGUCCCCCAACAGCCGCGUUUAGCAAUGUAAGAUUCAAUAGAAUUGCUCGAAAUGAGUGGACAGGAGCUAGAAAAAGAAUAGUUUUCGUACUGUCGUCGAUUUAUGGGUGGCCGUCAGCCAUAUGA